AUGACUCAUGAGGAUGAGUCGGACUCAGAACUUAGAAGUGGUGACGUUAUGCAACAUCCGGGCGGUCAUCCUCACUGCUUCACACAAUCGUCGUGGCUUGCCUGUCGUACUAGAUGAGAGCUGUCGUCCAACGCGUUGCAUCGGCUUCGGUAUCAGUGGAUGGUAAGGUAAUCUCGAGUAUAUCCCGAGGAUUGAUGGUCCUAGUUGGAAUCGGUACUGAUGACACGCUUUCGGAUGUCGAAACCUUGACGAACAAAAUACUCAACAUCCGCGUCUUCGAUGCAAAUGGUACGAUGUGGAAGUCGAGCGUCAAGGAUAUCGCUGGCGAUGUUCUCUGCGUCUCCCAGUUCACGUUGAUGGCGAAUACCACCAAGGGCAACAAGCCAGACUUUCAUCGCGCGAUGUCCACGAAUGCUUCCAGAGAACUGUAUGCAACGUUUCUCGAGAAGAUGCGGCAGCUGUAUGUGUCAGAUCGAAUACAAGAUGGGCAAUUCGGCGCUAUGAUGGAUGUCUCGUUGACAAACGAGGGACCUGUUACUCUGACGUUGGAUACUCGAAAGUUCGAGUAUGCUCCGGUUUCAGGAGAUACAAGCAGCAAGAAAUCGAGUGGGAAUAGUAAAAAAGAGACCAAGAACCAAACGGCUGAUGUUGCUACCUCGAGAUCUGCCGCCAGUGUCAAUCCAGGCCCGAGUGAAGUAGACGUUUCGUAGUGUACGUAUCGGUGACCUAUUGCAUUUCCUCAUCAACUCCUUUGGUCUCUGCUACUGUUCCUGACAAGGCAAACUAAACUGCGAAGAAGGAUUUCGCAAGU